AUGAAGAUCGCCGUCUUAACCUGCCUGGUGGCCGCCGUCUGCUGCGCCCCUCAGUUCCAAAGACCCAACCUUCAGAAUCGGGACUUCAUCGCUAUCCUCAGCGACGAGCGACAGGAUCAGGGCGACGGGUCCUUCAAUUACGUCUUCGAGACGGAAAACGGGAUCAGGGAGAAUCGCGUAGGGAGCGUAGGAUCCAAAGGGCAGAGCAACAUGCAAGGGACCUAUCUGUUCCCUCUCCCCGACGGCACCUUCGCUGAGGUUCGCUACGUCGCCGACGAGUUCGGAUUCCGCGCCGAGUCACCCCUCCUCCCCACCCCCCACCCCCUCCCCGCCCACGCCGUCGAGCAGAUCCGCGUCGCCGAGGAGCAGCGACGUCGCGGAAUCCAGUUUUAA